CGCCCCUCCGCCGCUACAUCCGGGGAAGUCCUUCCUGCGUGGCAGCGCAGUCAUGGCGGCGCCCGUUUCGGCCCCUUCUCUCCUUCCUCCUUCCGCGGAGAAUGAGGCUUCCCGGCCGAGCAAGAAUGAACUCAAGCGGCGCCUGAAGGCCGAGAAGAAGGCAGCCGAGAAGGAGGCGCGGCAGAAGGAGCAGCAGCAGCACCAAAGGGAAGCCCUUCCGGCCUCCGCCGCCUCGACCUCGGAGCGAGACCCCGACGAAGAAGGCCUCGACCCCAACCAAUACUAUAAGAUCCGCAGUCAGGCUGUGGAACAGCUGAAGGCAAUCCCCGGGGAGCAUCCCUACCCACACAAGUUCCAUGUGGACAUCUCCCUCACCGACUUCCUUGAGCGCUUUGGGCACCUGCAACCUGGGGAUCACCUGGAUGGGGUCACCGUCAAGGUCGCAGGUCGCAUCCACGCGAAACGUGCUUCUGGAGGGAAGCUGAUCUUCUACGAUCUUCGUGGGGAGGGAGUUAAAUUGCAAGUCAUGGCAAAUUCCAGGAACUACAAGUCUGAAGAAGAAUUUGUGCACAUUAACAACAAGCUUCGGCGUGGAGACAUAGUUGGGAUCCAGGGGAAUCCUGGCAAAACCAAGAAGGGGGAGUUGAGCAUAAUCCCUUACGAAAUGACCCUGCUCUCGCCGUGCCUUCACAUGCUGCCUCACCUUCAUUUUGGACUCAAGGACAAGGAAACAAGAUUUCGGCAGAGAUACCUGGACUUAAUUCUUAACGAUUUUGUGAGACAAAAAUUUAUCGUCCGUGCAAAGAUAAUAACAUAUGUCCGCACCUUCCUGGAUGAGUUGGGCUUUCUGGAGGUGGAGACUCCCAUGAUGAACGUCAUCCCUGGUGGAGCUGUAGCAAAGCCCUUCAUCACACACCACAAUGAGCUGGACAUGAACCUAUACAUGCGUGUUGCUCCAGAGCUGUAUCACAAGAUGUUGGUGGUUGGUGGCAUGGACCGUGUUUACGAGAUCGGGCGCCAGUUCCGGAAUGAAGGCAUCGAUUUAACCCACAACCCAGAAUUCACCACCUGCGAGUUCUAUAUGGCCUAUGCAGACUACCACGACUUGAUGGAGAUCACAGAACAGAUGCUUUCAGGAAUGGUGAAGCGCAUCACUGGGGGCUACAAAGUGACAUACCAUCCGGAAGGACCAGAGGGCCAGGCGUAUGAAAUCGAUUUCACCCCACCCUUCCGGAAGAUCAGAAUGGUGGAUGAGUUGCAGAGAGUGCUGGGAGUGACUCUUCCUGCUGUGGAUCAGUUUGAGACAGAAGAGACUCGCAAAUUUUUCGAUGUGCUUUGUGAAGAAAGGGGAGUCGAAUGCCCGCCACCUCGGUCUACAGCCAGGCUUCUUGACAAGCUGGUUGGGGAAUUUUUGGAAGUCACCUGCAUCAACCCCACUUUCAUCUGUGAUCACCCCCAGAUCAUGAGUCCCCUUGCCAAAUGGCACCGUGCCCGGCAGGGGCUGACAGAGCGCUUCGAGCUUUUUGUCAUGAGGAAGGAAAUCUGCAAUGCCUACACGGAACUGAACGAUCCCUUUCGGCAGCACCAGCUCUUUGAAGAUCAAGCCAAGGCAAAAGCUGAUGGCGAUGAUGAGGCCAUGUUUAUUGAUGAGAACUUCUGUACGGCUCUGGAAUACGGGCUCCCUCCGACUGCUGGCUGGGGCAUGGGCAUCGACCGCCUCACGAUGUUCCUAACGGACUCCAACAACAUCAAGGAGGUGCUGCUCUUUCCAGCCAUGAAGCCCGAAGAGAAGAAGAAGGACCCGCUCUCCAAGCCUCCUGGGGAGGGGACCUCUGUGUGACCCCAGGGCUGCUGCGGAGGGAACCACUGAGGAAACACGCUUCUUCUGGCCUUUUGCCAUUUGUCCGUCCCUCUGGGCUGCGUUUCCCAACCACUAAUAAAAGCACUGCUGCUGCUGC